AUGGCCAACUUCAACGGGCGCCGCGCCCCCAACUUCGCGCAAUACCUCGAUGACUUGAACGCUAUCCCGUCGCCUUACGACCAGGCUGUGCAGCAGCGCCAGCAGGAGAAUACUUUCAACCUCGAUGAGGAACUGGCUCUUUUCACCAACACCGAGUUCUUCGAUUUCGAAAAGUUCACCGACCUCGGUCUGCCUAACUUCGAUGCCGUCGAUCAGAAGUCUUCGCCCGUCGAGUCCAUCGCGGACCAGGCUACACAAAAUGCCGAUAUGAAGUUCUUGGAGUUUCUGAAUGAUGGUUUGGGCAACAUGACCGCGUAUCAGCAGGAGCUGAAUGGCUUGAAGGCGUCCAUCCCCGUGCAAAGCGCGCCUUACUCGGCGGUCCCCUCCGUGUCUCACGGUCCCAUGGCGGCUAACUCGGUCCCCGCUCCAAAUGUGCCUAUCACUGCUACUCCGAGUGUGGCGUCCACACCUGUUCAGAGUGCUGCCUCGCCCGCCACAUCGGUUGCUGCCCCCAAGCGGAAGAACAGCGCCAAGGCGAAUACCACUAGUGCCGAGGAGGCUGCCCGGAUUAUGGCCGAGGAGGACAAGCGUCGCCGCAAUACUGCUGCCAGCGCUCGUUUCCGUGUGAAGAAGAAGAUGCGUGAGCAGGCUCUGGAGCGCAGCCUCAAGGAGACCAACGACAAGAACGAUGCCCUCGAGGCUCGCGUCUCCCAGCUCGAGUUGGAGAACCACUGGCUCCGUGGUCUGAUCAUGGAAAAGAACGGCACGGAGGAGCGCAACGAGGCCUCUGAGAAGGCCAUCUCGGACAUGUUCAAGCAGUUCAUGGCCUCGCGCAAGUCCGACUCAAGUCUUUCCGAGUCCAAGCGCGGAGUUGGAACUACUGCGUAA